CGCAAAAGUAAUUGUCCUUGCAUCGACUACCGGCGUCAGAAAUCGUGGGAAAUUGCAUAGUUAUGGCCUUGUUUCGCGUUAUUAAACCUCAAGUACUUCAACAAUUAAAGAAAUCUCUUGGCAGUACAUCAUGUCUUCAGAACAGACAGGCCUCAAGCUCAACCGAUCUGAAAGAAAAUUUAGCGAGAUUGAUCCCCGAAAAACAGGCUCUCAUUAAAGAAUUUCGAGGAAAGCAUGGCAACACCAAAGUUGGCGAGAUUACAGUUGACAUGAUCUAUGGUGGUAUGAGGUCGAUGAAGUCCAUGGUUACAGAAACAUCUGUACUAGACCCAGAGGAGGGCAUCAGAUUCAGGGGAUACAGUAUCCCAGAAUGCCAACAGCUGCUCCCUAAGGCUCCUGGGGGAGAUGAACCUCUCCCUGAGAGUCUAUUCUGGCUCCUAUGCACCGGUGAAAUUCCCACUGAAGACCAAGUCAAAGCUAUUUCAAAGGAAUGGGCCAAUAGAGCUGACCUUCCACAACAUGUAGUUGCCAUGUUAAACAACUUCCCAAACAAUGUACAUCCCAUGGCCCAGUUCAGUGCAGCCAUCACAGCCAUGAACAGCGAGAGCAAGUUUGCAAAGGGGUAUGCCUCUGGUACUAUGAAGAAAGCAGACUACUGGGAGAAAGUGUAUGAAGAUUCAAUGGACUUGAUUGCCAAACUUCCCACAGUGGCUGCAACAAUUUACUGCAACCUGUAUAAAGAUGGCAAAAUUGGGGCUAUUGACCAAGACACGGAUUGGUCAGCCAACUUUGUAAAUAUGCUAGGAUAUGAUAACCCACAAUUCACAGAGCUCAUGAGACUAUAUUUAACCAUACACAGUGAUCAUGAAGGUGGCAAUGUCAGUGCCCAUACAUGUCAUCUUGUGGGUAGUGCUCUCUCUGACCCUUAUCUCAGUUUUGCAGCAGCUAUGAAUGGUCUCGCUGGACCACUCCAUGGCUUGGCCAACCAGGAAGUACUUGUGUGGUUGACUCGACUAAUGGAAGAUAUUGGAGAAGUAACAACAGAACAGAUGAAAGAAUAUGUCUGGAACACUCUGAAAAAUGGCCAAGUAGUUCCUGGAUACGGACAUGCUGUCCUGCGUAAAACAGAUCCUCGUUACACCUGUCAGCGAGAGUUUGCAUUGAAACAUCUACCUGAUGAUCCUAUGUUCAAACUGGUCUCACAGCUCUAUGAAGUUGUACCUGAUAUUCUUCUUGAAUUGGGCAAAGCAAAGAACCCAUGGCCAAAUGUAGAUGCUCAUAGUGGUGUUCUAUUACAGUACUACGGUAUGACAGAGAUGAGCUACUACACAGUAUUGUUUGGAGUUUCUCGCGCACUGGGCUGUCUCAGUUCCCUUAUCUGGAGCAGAGCCUUAGGUUUCCCCUUGGAGAGACCCAAGUCUAUGAGCACAGAAGGACUCAUAAAAUUAGUGGGAUCAACAAAGUAAACUGGAAAAAAUAGGCUAGGAAAUUGUAUUAUAGUGAACUUUGAAUUUGGAGUUAUAUGACUAUUGGCUAUUGGCUAGUGAUUUUUUAAAUGUGAAUAUUUUAUUGUUAUGCUUUUCAUUUCAUUCGAGAAUUAUGCUAAUAAGGUUGAAAUGUGUAAAUACUAAAUAGCAUGCAUAGGUAUUUAUUGUCGCUUCACACUUGGAGCAAUUUUAAAAUGAUGGUUUGCAACUUACAAUUACAAAAUCACUAGCCACUUAAAAUGGAAAAUAUAGUUUUAUGCGUACUCGAUACUAUUGCACACACGUCUCCACAAGAAUUGGAUAUGCCGGUAGUCAUUUCAGUCUGCACGGCAUUGUACUCAUCAUACCAUAUAAUAUACAGGGUGGUCCAAAAAA